GUCAAAAUCUCAAUCUUGCUCGCGCUUUCUAACUUACUCUACCUUUCACAAUUCAAAAGGGUUGCGAGUGGUUGAGGACCGAGACACUUCAGGCCCGAUGUUAGGGCAUAAAAAGAUCUCCUUUUGAUUGCUGAGAAUACAGCCAGUUAAGAACCAUUCCAAGCAUAUCAUGGGCUCAAGAAUGAACUCAGGAGGCAGUAGGACUCGGAGCGUAAAGCAUAUGUUCAUUGUUAUAGGUCUUUGCGGCUUCUUUUAUCUACUGGGGACAUGGCAGAAAAGUGGUUCUGGUAAGGGAGAUACCAUAGCAUUGGAGAUUAUUAAGCAGACAGAUUGUGGCAUCUUGGAUGGUUUGAGUUUUGAGACCCACCAAAAUGACGGUGGAACUUUAGACUAUUCUGAGGUUUUCAAGCCCUGUCUCAUCCAGUACACUGAUCAUACUCCAUGUCAGGACCAAAAGCGUGCAAUGACCUUUCCACGGGAGAAUAUGAUCUAUAGAGAAAGACAUUGUCCAUCGGAAGCUGAAAAACUGCAUUGUCUUAUCCCAGCACCCGAAGGAUACAUGACUCCAUUUCCCUGGCCAAAGAGCCGUGAUUAUGUGAACUAUGCAAAUGUUCCUUACAAAAGUCUAAAAAUUGAGAAGGCUGUCCAAAACUGGGUACAGCUUAGGGGUAAUGUGUUCAAGUUUCCCGGUGGAGGAACAAUGUUUCCUGAAGGAUCAGAUGCUUACAUUGAUGAGCUUGCAUCGGUGAUCCCAAUUGCGGAUGGCACAGUUAGAACUGCGCUGGAUACGGGUUGUGGAGUUGCAAGCUGGGCUGCAUACCUGUGGACGAGAAAUGUAAUAACUAUGUCGUUUGCACCACGGGACAAUCAUGAAGCGCAAGUACAGUUUGCAUCGGAGCGAGGUUUACCUGCUGUUAUUGGUGUACUUGGAACCAUACAGCUUCCAUACCCAUCAAGAUCCUUUGAUAUGGCUCAUUGUGCUCGGUGCUUGAUACCAUGGGCAUCAAAUGACGGAAUGUACCUGAUGGAAGUUGAUCGAGUUCUCAGACCUGGUGGAUACUGGAUCCUUUCUGGCCCUCCCAUUAACUGGAAGACCUACUAUACAACAUGGAACCGGUCUAAGGAGGACCUCCAGGAGGAGCAAAAAAGGAUCGAACAGUUGGCUGAAUUUCUUUGCUGGGAGAAGAAAUAUGAGAAGGGAGAUAUUGCCAUCUGGAGAAAGAAACUGAAUGCUGAUUCUUCUUGUGAUAUACAAUCCACAAGUUUCUGCGAAUCAAAAAAUGCUGAUGAUGUCUGGUACAAGAAACUGAAUGCAUGCAUAACCCCUUGGCCUGAGGUCAACAGUCCAAAGGAAGUAGCUGGAGGGGAGUUAAAGAGAUUCCCAGAUAGACUUUUUGCAGUCCCUCCUAGAAUAGCUAAGGGAUUUGUUCCAGGGGUCAAUGCAGAAUCUUAUCAGGAAGACAAUAGGUUGUGGAAGAAGCAUGUAAAUUCUUAUAAAAGGAUCAAUCGUUUAAUUGGAACUGGGAGAUAUAGGAACAUGAUGGAUAUGAACGCUGGGCUUGGAGGUUUUGCUGCAGCACUUGAAUCACCAAAAUCAUGGGUAAUGAAUGUUGUGCCCACUAUCGCUGAUGAAAACACGUUGGGAGUCAUAUAUGAGAGGGGAUUGAUUGGAAUAUAUCAUGACUGGUGUGAAGCCUUCUCCACUUACCCUAGGACAUAUGACCUCAUUCAUGCUUAUGGUAUAUUCAGCUUGUACCAGGACAAGUGCAAGAUGGAAGACAUGCUUCUCGAGAUGGACCGGAUUUUGCGCCCAGAGGGGGCAGUUAUAUUCCGGGACGAUGUUGAUGUCUUGAAUAAGGUUAUGAAGGUAGCAAGUGGAAUGAGAUGGGACACCAAGAUGUUCGAUCACGAAGACGGACCCCUUUUGCCAGAGAAGAUACUGGUUGCAGUCAAACAGUACUGGGUUGGCAGUGACAGUGCUAGUAUAUAAUUAUCAGGAAUGAGCCAUGCAAUGGGGAAACCAGGGAAGCAUGCUUGUUACACUAGAGUUUAU